CUGAGACCUUGCUUUGUCACAAUGAAGAGGGUUAACCCAAUGCUGGAAAGUCAAAGAACAUCUUUUGGUGGAGUUCAGACCCGUCAAUCGUCCCAUCCGAGCCCCGUACAGGCACAACAGGCCCAUGAAUUUUCACCUUCAGAGUUUUCUCGAGAAGUUGUCCCGCCAAUGCCUCCUGACUUCACGAUGAUGUCAAUGUGCACAGUCCGUUGAAGGCAUAUGCAGCCUCGUCGCUUUGUAAUAGCAAACUUUGACUGACCGAAUGGAGUAAUGAAACUUGGGCAAGGUAAGAGUAUAAAUUGUGUUCUCCAGUCGCGAUGUGGCCACCAAGUUACAGCAACAAAUCUCCAACCUAAAGCAAUCACAACCAGUCUUGACCAUUACGAGUUACUUGAAAAUAUUCUGGGGCUAUUCUAGGACCUGAACAGACUCUUCAAUAUGGUUGAAAUCAAAGUUUUCAAAGGCAGCAAGGACGGAAUCGUCGAAGGCACCACCCACCGAGACAUUGGCUCCGAUGAAGUCCUGCUCCGAGUUACUCACAGUGGCCUCUGCGGCACCGACAUCCAUUUUAAGUCCAGUGACCUGGUUCUUGGCCACGAAGGAGUUGGGAUUGUCGAGCAAGUUGGCCCAAAUGUGACAAUGUUCAAGAAAGGCGACCGGGCAGGUUGGGGUUACGAGCACGAUUGUUGCGGACACUGCAAACAAUGUCUUCGUGGGAUGGAGACCUUCUGCCCCGAGCGUCAAAUGUACGGACUGGCAGACUUGGACCAAGGCUCGAUGGCGUCUCACGCCAUCUGGAAGGAGAGCUUCUUGUUCCAGAUCCCAGAAGGGUUGUCGUCUGAAGCCGCUGCUCCUCUGAUGUGUGGAGGUGCGACCGUGUUCACCGCGCUGCAGCUACACGGUCUCAAGUCGACCGAUCGUGUCGGCGUAAUUGGAAUUGGCGGGCUUGGACAUCUCGCCAUACUAUUCGCCGCACGGAUGGGUUGUGAAGUCGUCGUGUUCUCUGGCACAGAAAGCAAGAAAGAGGAGGCCAUGAAACUCGGCGCGAGCGAGUUCUAUGCCGUCAAAGGCCUCAAGGAGCUCGAAGUCAAAGCACCUAUCGAUCACCUGCUUGUCACCACCGCUCAACAACCUGACUGGGAUAUGUACCUGCCUGUCAUGGCACCAUCGGGUACUGUUUACCCUUUGACGGUUACCACUGGUAACUUGACUGUGCCAUACAUGCCUGUCAUCUUGAAGGGAUUGAAAAUUCAGGGGAGUCUCGUGGCUCCAAGACAGGUGCACAGGGAAAUGCUGGAAUUUGCAGCUGCCAAAAACAUCAACCCUAUCGUUCAGACAUUCCCUCUGGAUUUGGACGGUAUCAACAAAGCUUUCGAGACGCUGGAGGGCGGCAACAUGAGGUAUCGUGGUGUUUUGGUAGCACAAUAAGCGGACGGUUCUUGGAUGCAAUGGUUGAGCGUUUUUUGUCAUGCACAGGCAGGUUUGUGAAGCAUUUAGUAUAGAUCUUGC